AUGCCUACUCCAAAUACUAAUCUAUUUAAAAAGACUGCAAUAGAAUUUUAUGAAAAAUGGGACUUUCCUAACUGCGUGGGUGGUAUAGACGGUAAACAUAUUAGAAUGCGAUGUCCUAAAAACUCUGGAAGUAUGUACUUUAAUUAUAAGCAGUAUUUUUCAAUUGUUUUGAUGGCAAUAGCUGACGCAAAUUACAGAUUUUUAAUGAUAGAUGUUGGUGCGUAUGGCAAAGAUAGUGAUGGUAGCGUUAUGAGUAACUCGAAUUUUAAUACACGUAUUGAAAAUAGUUCUUUGAAACUUCCAAAUGAAACGAAAUUUCCUAAAUCAAAUAUUUCAACUCCUUUUGUUUUUAUUGCCGAUGAAGCUUUUCCAUUGAGAAAUUAUUUGAUGCGCCCGUUUCCAAGAAAACAGUCUCAAGAAAAUGAAAAAGCAUAUUAUAAUUAUAGGCUUUCCAGAGCUAGAAUGACUAUAGAAUGUGCAUUUGGUAUUAUGUCUUCAAAAUUUCGUAUUCUUUUAAAAACAAUUGAAACUACAGAAAAAAUGCAGACCCUAUUGUAA